AAUUCAAGGAGUAGAGCCCAGAGAAGAGCAUCUCACUCCAAGGUACAGAUAAUACCUCAAACUGUGACCUUUUGUCUUAAAAACAACAGAACCAAAACCUCAGAAUCAUGACUCUGGCAGCUUACAAAGAGAAGAUGAAGGAGCUCCCUCUAGUGUCCAUUUUCUGUUCCUGUUUCCUGUCUGACCCUUUAAAAAACCAAACGUACAAGUAUGAUGCAGACACCGUAGACCUCAACUGGUGCGUUAUCUCAGACAUGGAGGUUAUAGAAUUAAACAAGAGAGCCUCUGGACAUGCCUUUGAGGUCAUCCUCAAACCACCUUCAUUCGACGGCGGCCCAGAGUUCAAUGCUUCUCUCCCACAAAGGCGGGAUCCCUCUCUAGAAGAAAUCCAGAAAAAACUUGAAGCAGCUGAAGAGAGGCGCAAGUACCAGGAAGCCGAGCUUCUGAAACACCUGGCGGAAAAGCGGGAGCACGAACGCGAAGUCAUUCAGAAAGCCAUCGAGGAGAACAAUAACUUCAUCAAAAUGGCCAAGGAGAAGCUAGCACAGAGAAUGGAAGUCAACAAGGAGAACCGGGAAGCCCACCUCGCCGCCAUGCUUGAACGCCUGCAGGAGAAGGAUAAACAUGCAGAAGAAGUCAGAAAAAACAAAGAACUGAAGGAAGAAGCCUCCAGGUAGAAGAGCUCGGCUCCGACAUUUUGGACUGAGGACUCCAACGUGUGCCUGAGAUUUCCAGCACAAUGUUAAGCGACUGAGACUCUCAUUCUUGCUUUAUAUGUUCGUGAAUGUCAAGAGACGACCCAACCUUUUUAUUUAUUUAUUUUUUGCGGGGGG